UUAGACUGACCGAGUGAACAGGGGACGGUUCAAGUCAGCGAUGCAUCAGCACCUCUUUUUAUUGGUCGAUAUGCCCCUUUCGCUCCUGUUCUUUAAUGCAGGUCUUUAUUUCACCAGGUCUAUGAUCUCGCCGAAAAUAGUAGCAGCGCACACUGGCCAUUCCUCUGCGUCUGCAGAAUGGAUUAUUUGCCUUGAUAAAAGGUAAUUCCAAAUUUCGUUCAAAUGUUUUUUUGAAACCAACUUCUCGCUUUUCACAAUACUCAAUUUAUUUGUAGGCAUUUCCUUCCAAUGGGACCAGUGAAGCCUGUGUUUACUUGCCUUACAAAACUAGGUUAUCCUCCACAUUGCCAUAUGUUGCCGAAAUAGUACAUUCUAUACGUAGUUAGCCAGCGCAGCAGUGAAUAGCGCUUGGUUUCUGCCUUUAUAAAUUGUCUUCAUAAAUAUGUCGUCUGAAACACUGCUCUAGGCUGCGUUUUAUUUUAUACUUCAAGUCCAUUUAUUCUUAAACAGCUAUGAACGGACUCGGCGUGGAUGUUCAUUCAUUUCUCAUUAGCAUAUUACAGUACUAGCUGAUGAUUCUGAAAUAAAUAAUGGGCCAGUAGUUUACAUCAAAUGUCACAAGGAGGGCGUGGUGUUUUACUGUUGAUUUGCUCUAGAGCUUUAAACUUGUCAUUCUAGAUUUGCCCAGAGUAACAUGAUGCAAAGCUACCUGUCUGAAAGAUUAUUUCUAACACAGAAAGAUAAGGUGGGGACAGACAUGGAUUUCCAGGCCCUCUGGCGGCUGCUCUGAUUACUGGGCUGUGGAUAAGGCUGCAGGAGACCUGAAGGAGAGAGGCCCCAGCGCACCAGGGAAACCUCCUCUGUGGUCUCUCCAUUCGGCACGUUCACCACCAUGAGAGAGUGGGAGAGAGAGUGCAUUAGCCACACGGCCGUGUGACUCGCUUGUCAGAUGUGUUUACAAAGUAAAUGUCCCUUUGUCACUGUAGAGCGUACUAGGCACUUUAGGCAGUCCAGCUUAAAGGAGUUGCUUUUGGUGUGGCUUAUCGUCAACCUGCAGGCAAACAUGGCUCACCUUAUAAUGUAGAUAUUUGACAUUUACAGCACAGACUUUUUGACUCGAUUUUGGUUGGUUGUAUAAUUGUAAAUUCGUCUGUUAAUUCGUUCCCCACCAAAAGUAACCGCAAAUACAAUGUGAAUGGCUAAAUAUAGCAUUUCAUAUUUUCAUUGUUCUACUCUUGCAUUAACGUAACAGGAAGAAAAAGGCCUAUACCAAAUACCAAGACAGGUAGUCUCUCAAAUAUGUAUUAUGUGAUACCAUGGUUGGCAAGUAGGGUACAGAAUAAGCAGCCAUAAUAUGUCAUGAUGAAAAGCUUUUGCACACUUCCCCCCCCAGGCUACAACUCGAUGAAAUAUUCGGCUGCUUUUACUGUUGAAAGUGACUCCACAAAGUAAUGUGACGGUAAGAUAGUGGACCCUACACAGUCUUGUCAGUGGGUGUGAAGCAUCAGGAGUCAGACAGAGUCACGUGGAAAAUAGUUGUAGUGAAUUGCAGGUGCAGAAGGUGAGCUGGAUCCAUGAAUAUUUACAAGACUUUGAUGAGCACUGACAUUUUUAUCUAACCUUUAUUUAACUAGGCAAGUCAGUUAAGAACACGUUCUUAUUUACAAUGAUGGCCUACACCGGCCAAACCCUGGACGAGGCUUAGAGAACACUGGGACAACAUAUCACUCCAGCCCUUCUUAAAUGAGCACCCUGAACAGGUUAAAUGCCCAAACCCAUCUGGGAUAUUCCAAAAUGCACCUAAACAGACCUGCUGAGCGCUCUGGGGAAGAUGUGGACAUCAUACUGGCCAGGCUGAAACGAGUGAAGGCCUUUGAGCGGUUCCACCCUAGCCUCCUACAACAGAUAUGCCUGUGUGGAUACUACGAAUGUCUGGGGAGAGGCGUCACAUUAUAUCGUCAACGAGAUAUUGGUACCAGCUGGUAUGUUGUCCUCUCUGGCUCACUUGAUGUCAAAGUGUCAGAGACAGCAAAUCAUCAGGAUGCGGGUACGAUUUGCACUCUGGGGAUUGGGACAGCAUUUGGGGAGUCGAUCCUGGAUAACACCCCUCGGCGCGCUACCAUUGUCACCCGGGAAUUCAGUGAACUCCUCCGCAUCGACCAGAGGGAGUUCAAGUCUCUGUGGGAGAAAUAUCGUCAGUGCAUAGCUGGACUGCUAGCCCCAUCUUAUGGAGUUAUGGAAAGUGGUGGACCCAGCCCUGACAGAAUGCCGGACAAAGAGAACAUAAGCAACAACGCUUUUGGAUCCAUCUCUAAACAUCUGAGUAAGGUCCCAUCUGAGAAGAUCAUGCGAGCAGGGAAGGUUCUACGUGAUGCCAUCCUCUCCAGAGCUCCCCACAUCAUCCGAGACAGGAAGUACCACCUGAAGACAUACAGGCAAUGCUGUGUGGGAACAGAGCUGGUUGACUGGCAGAUGCAGCAGAGCUCCUGUGUUCACUCUCGCAUUCAAGCAGUGGGCAUGUGGCAGGUGCUGCUGGAGGAAGGAGUUCUCAACCACGUGGACCAGGAGCUGACCUUCCAGGACAAGUAUCUGUUCUACCGUUUCUUGGAUGAUGAGCAGGAGGACACUCCCCUGCCUACUGAGAAGGAGGCCAGGGAGAGCGAUGAGGAGCUGCAGGAUACCCUCCUCCUCCUCUCCCAAAUAGGCCCUGACGCACACAUGCGCAUGAUCCUGAGGAAACAGCCAGGACAGAGGACAACGGAUGAUUUGGAGAUAAUUUAUGAGGAGCUGCUCCAUAUAAAAGCCUUAUCGCACCUAUCCACCACUGUAAAGAAGGAGUUAGCUGGAGUCCUGAUCUUUGAGUCCCAUGCCAAAGCAGGAACCGUGUUGUUCAAUCAAGGGGAGGAAGGCACAUCGUGGUACAUCAUUCUAAAGGGCUCCGUAAACGUUGUCAUUUAUGGAAAGGGGGUGGUUUGCACGCUGCAUGAGGGAGAUGACUUUGGGAAGCUUGCCCUGGUCAACGAUGCACCCCGCGCCGCCUCCAUUGUCCUACGAGAGGAUAACUGCCACUUCCUACGUGUGGACAAGGAGGACUUCAAUCGGAUCCUCAAAGAUGUGGAGGCCAACACGGUGCGUUUGAAAGAGCAUUAUCAGGAUGUUCUGGUCCUGGAGAAGAGCCCCAGCAGCAACAGUCAGGCCACCCAUGGCUCCACCACCACCAUCUCCUCCUCACACUACAAAUACACUGUGAUGUACGGGACACCGGAGAAGAUUCUGGAGCACUUUCUGGAAAUGAUGCGACUGGACUCUCACCUUAACGAAUCAGAUCCAGCUCUGGACGACUUUGUGCUCAUGCACUGCGUCUUCAUCCCUAACAGUCAGCUGUGUCCGGUGCUCAUGGCCCACUACCAUGCUGAGGCGUCCCAGGGCUCAGAACAGGAGCGUCUUGACUAUACCCUGAACAACAAGAGGAGGGUGAUCAGGCUGGUGCUGCAGUGGGCCUCAGUACAUGGAGACCACCUGCAGGAGGAGGAUGCCUCCCUCACCUUCCUAGAGGAGUUGUUUGUGUCUGUAUCUGAUGAUGCCAGGCUGAUUCCUGCUCUGAAAGAACAACUCCCAGAGUUAGAGAAGAUAGUUAAAAACAACUCUGAUGACGCCAGAUCCUCUCAACAAAAGCACAAAGUCCUGUUGAGGCAGUUCAGCAUGGGGGAUGAGAAGCUGCAGAAACGACAGGCCAUCAAGAGUAAUGAUGAGAUCCUGUUCAAAGUGUACUGCAGCGACCACACCUACACCACCAUCCGGGUCCCCAUGGCCGCCUCGGUCAGAGAGGUCAUCAGUGCAGUGGCCGACAAGCUGGGGUCAGCGGAGGACCUUCUCCUGGUCAACCUCAGUUCGGCCGGAGAUAAAGUGGUGCUAAAACCCAACGAUAUUUCCGUCUUCUCCACACUCAGCAUCAACGGCCGUCUAUUUGUCUGUCCCAGGGAUCAACUGGAUUCAUUGAUGCCCUUACCAGAGCAGGAAGGACCCUCCACAGGCUCCAUGGGCAGCUUUGAGUUGAUGAGCUCUAAAGACCUGGCCUACCAGAUGACUCUCUACGACUGGGAACUCUUCCACUGUGUACAUGAGCAUGAGCUGAUCUACUAUACAUUUGGGAGGAAGAACUUCAAGAAGACCACGGCCAACAUGGACCUGUUCCUCAGGAGGUUCAAUGAGAUUCAGCUGUGGGUGAUCACAGAGAUCUGUCUGUGUGCUCAGCUCAGCAAGCGUGUUCAGCUGCUCAAGAAGUUCAUCAAGAUCGCUGCCCACUGUAAGGAGUAUAAGAACCUCAACUCCUUCUUUGCUAUUAUCAUGGGCAUGAGCAACCCAGCCGUGAGCAGACUGAGUCAGACCUGGGAGAAACUACCCAGCAAAUUUAAGAAGUUUUACAGCGAAUUUGAAAGCUUAAUGGACCCGUCCAGGAACCACCGGGCGUACCGACUCACUGUGGCCAAGCUGGACCCGCCCAUCAUUCCCUUCAUGCCGCUGCUGAUCAAAGACAUGACUUUCACUCAUGAUGGAAACAAGACGUUCAUUGACAGUUUGGUCAAUUUUGAGAAAAUGCGAAUGAUCGCUAAUACAGUGAGAAUAGUGAGAUACUGCAGAAGUCUGCCAUUCAGUGCAGAACCAUCUCAGACCAGUAAGAACCACCCGGACGUGAGGAGCUAUGUGCGCCAGCUGACUGUGAUUGACAACCAGAGAACACUAUCUCAGUUCUCCCACAGACUGGAACCACGCAGGACCUGAAGCUUGGACGGACACUGGACAUGUCACAUGCUGUUGCUCCACUGCCAACAAUAAGCUUGCUUUAUAUGCUGUACCAGUACACACACAUAUCCACUCUGCUACAUGGAACUUUACAUUAUUAUACAGUAUAGUCAUGUAAGCUGCAGAGUUCAUCAGCUCCACCUUUAACUGUAUUUCAAAUGUCAGUAUCAUUUCUGCUUCUUGUUUUCUUUUGUGUAUUGUUUUCAUUUUUGUUAUCAAUGGGCAGCAGUCACUCUGCUUUAAAUUUCACCAAGUCACUUUCAAAUUCAUCUCAUUCUCAUGUCCCUGAAGCUCUAUUUGAUUCUUUGAAGUCACCAGCCCCAUGAAAAGGACACAAUCUAUAAAGCAAAUUGUUGUUUGGAAAUAAACAUUCAUUUGAUUAUUGUAUAAUAAUCUGUGAGGUUUGUUAAACAGAUCACUUUUCCAGAUGGAAACAUUGGCUCUUACUUCACUCUCUAACCUCCUAAAUUUCAAAUCCUGAUAUUCAGAUGUGGUUUCCAAUCUUUUUUCUAAAUCAGAUUUGAUGCUUUUUAUUACACAUGUUGUACAAUGUGUUCAUAUAUGUAUUAUGACCUCAGCAUGCAAUGAUUUGAGAUGUUGGGCUGGGAUAUACAGUAUGUGAGAACAUUCCUCUUUGAAAGUCUCUAAGGUUAUGGUUUUCUGCAAACAUUUUAGCCAUGUGUAUUCUGUAAAUAUUAAAAAUGAAUUUGUAUCUGCUGA